AUGGAAGGGAUAUUGUUUCGAGUGAUUACUUUUGGCUUAAAUGCAUUUACUCUCCGCUAUGUAUCGAAAGAAAUUAUUGGCCUUGUGAAUGUAAGGCUAACACUGCUUUAUUCAACAGUUGUUUUCUUAGCCAGAGAGGCAUUUCGUAGAGCUUGUUUGAGUGGCAGCACAAAGCAAAAUUGGACCAAAACUAUUAAUCUUUUGUGGCUGGCAGUUCCUUUGGGGGUGUGUUGGUCACUAUUCCUGGGCUGGAUCUGGCUACGGUUACUUGAAGUUCCUGAUCCUAAUGUGGUUCCCUACUAUCAGAUUGGAGUAGUUGCAUUUGGUAUUUCUGCAGUGGUUGAACUUCUAGGAGAACCAUUCUGGGUUUUGGCACAAGCACAUUUGUUUGUAAGGCUUAAGGUAAUUGCUGAAAGUCUUUCGGUAAUCUCAAAAUGCGUGUUCACAAUUAUUUUAGUAGUUCUAUAUCCACAAUGGGGGCUUUACAUUUUUUCUUUGGCCCAGCUUUUGUACACCAGUAUUCUGGUGCUGUGCUAUGUAAUAUAUUUCAUGAAGUUUUUGGGCUCUCCUGAAGCAACAAAGGAAUCAUUUCCAGUUUCUAAAAUGACAGACCUGUUACCCAGCUUGACUGAAGGCCAGAAUGUGAUUGACUGGAAAGAAGCUAAGUUGACUUGGAGUUUCUUUAAACAAUCAUUCUUGAAACAGAUGUUGACCGAGGGUGAACGAUAUGUGAUGACUUUUUUGAAUGUGCUAAAUUUUGGAGACCAAGGUGUGUAUGACAUAGUGAAUAACCUUGGUUCUCUGGUACCUAGACUUAUCUUUUUGCCAGUAGAGGAGAGUUUUUACAUUUUCUUUGCUAAGGUGCUGGAAAGAGGGACAGCUGUAAAGCUACAGAAACAAGAUGACAUUGCAAUGGCUGCAGCAGUGUUAGAAUCACUUUUAAAACUCGUGCUUCUGGUUGGCCUAAGCAUUACAGUUUUUGGCUACGCAUAUUCUCAACUGGCUCUGGAUAUUUAUGGAAGCUCAAUGUUGAGUUCCGGAUCAGGUCCAGGUCUCCUGCGCUGCUAUUCUUUAUAUGUCCUACUUCUUGCUGUAAAUGGAGUAACAGAAUGUUUUACAUUUGCCUCUAUGUGCAAAGAAGAGGUAGACAGGUUCAGUUUUGUUAUGCUGGCCUUGUCCUUCACAUUCUUGUGUGUGUCUUAUUUCUUGACUCAGUGGCAAGGCAGUGUAGGCUUUAUCCUUGCAAACUGUUUCAAUAUGAGUAUUCGAAUAGCACACAGCAUUCGCUAUAUCUACAAUUACUUCAAAGAGAGCCCUUACAGGCCUUUGAAAGGGCUGCUACUCUCAACAUCUCUAAUCUUUGUUUAUAUCUUAAGUGCAGUAAUCACUGUUUUUUCAGAGGCAUUCUUGUGCUGUGAUAAAGGCUGGCUGGCAAGGCUGAUCCACAUCACUGUGGGAGCUCUCUGCUUCGCUGCAACACUCAUCACUAUAUUCUUCGCAGAGACCAAGCUGGUUAACUUUGUUAGAACUCAGUUCCUGUCGCGGUAUACCAAGAAAGAAACCUAAAUGACCAUGUACACAAUAAUUCUUAUGUAUGUGUAUGUUUGCUACACAGGUAUAUUUUAUAUAUAAAAUAUAUAUAGGAUAAGUUAUAAUGAUAUUUUGUAAGGUUUCUUUUUUUUAAAAGAUUCCUAUUGAAUAUUUAUGACACUGUGGAGCUUAAAUGGAAAUAUUUGGCAACCAGAUAUUAUUUCCAUUUUCAAAUCAUUUAAAUUCAUAUUCCAGCCUAGUACACAAAUUAUAACAACCCGGAGCUAGGUAAUUCUCGUUAUCAUUCUUAUCAGCUCCCUUUCCUUCAUAAGAGUAUUGCCUAACUUUGGGUACCUCUACACAGCAGACUAUAUUUACAUCACUGCUACUUCAGCAAAAUGUCAUGGAUUUGAGAGAGAGACCUUAACAGACCUAAAAAUGUGUUCUUGAAGAAACUUGGGUAUGCAACGUCUUCCCUUAUGAUGUUGAUAUUUUAAAUUCUUAGGUGGAGGGCAGUAGAAACCUGGUUCUGUGCUGCUCAAAUUUCUGAUAAAAAUGAACCCAGCAUCUUCAUUGAAAUGUCUUGAGUCCCUUUGAAUAGGUUUGCCUUUUUUUGUUUUGUUUCCAUGCUUUAUUCUCUUACCAUUUUUUUUCUUGACUUCUAGCUGAUUAUGAUUGCAUUGUGGAGCACAUGGCCUUGGAUUGCAGCAGGUCUAGAUCUUUUUCCAUUUUGUUAUCUACUUGUAUAGUUUUAUUAUCUGGGGGUAUUACUUCAUCAUCUAAAAGGACAAGACAGGAGUCAGACUUUAGGAUUCUGUUCCAGGCACUGUCUCUCUUUAUUGUUGUAUGUUUUGAGACUUUGUUGUGUUUUCGGCAUCUUACUCUAUAAAGUAUAACUACCUCACACAGUACUGUGAAGUUUGAAAAAUUCAUGUUUAUGUAAAGUGUUUUUGAGUGUCUCUGAAAAAAGAUGUUUUAAAAGUAUGAAGAAGAUUUUUACCCUACUCUAGCCUGCCUUUUUCACUGUCAUGAAAGCUUUUCUUUGUAUCUGGUAUUUUACCUUUGCUACUAACCAUUUUAGUACAUGAGAACGGCCAUAUAGGUUAGAUCAAAGGUCCAUCUAGCCCAGUAUCCUGUCUUCUGACAGUGAUCAAUGCCUAGUGCACCAGAGGAAAUGAACAGAACCAGUAAUCAUCAAGUGAUCCAUCCCCUGUUGCCCAUUCCCAGCUUCUGACCAACAUUACUGCCCAUCUUGGCUAAUAGCCAUUGAUGGACCUAACUUCCAUGAAUUUAUCUAGCUCUUUUUUGAAGCCUGUUAUGGUCCUGGAAGUCACAACAUCGUCUGGCAGGGAAUUCCAUAGGUCGACUGCACAUUGUGUAAAUAAAUACUUCCUUUUGUUUGUUUCUUUUUUAAACUGGCUAUCAAUUUCAUUUGGUGACCCCUACUACUGGUGUUAUGGGAAGGAGUAAAUAACUUUUCCUUAUUUACCUUCUCCACACCAAUCUUGAUUUUGCAGACCAUAUUCACACGUAGUUAGUUGUUUGUUUUCCAAGCUGAAAAGUCCCAGUCUUACUAAUUACUCCUCGUAUGGCAGCUAUUCCAUACCCCUAAUAAUUUUUGUUACCCUUUCAAAAACUUUUUCCAUUGCUAAGAUACCUUUUUUUCUUUAAGAUGAGAUGACCACAUCUGCACACAGUAUUCAGGAUCUGGGCAUGUCUAAACUACAUCCCUCUUUUGAAAGCGGGAUGUAAAUUAGGCAGAUGGAAAGUGCAAAAGAAGUGGAGAUUUAAAUAUCCUGCGCUUCAUUUGCAUAAUCGUGUCACAGCAUUCUUUCGAAAAAAGGUAUUUCGAAAGUGAAACUGCUGUCCGCAAAUGAAGCAUGGGAUAUUUAAAUCCCUGCUUCAUUUGCAUUUUCGAUCUGCCUAGUUUACAUCCCUCUUAAGUUUAGACGUAGCCACUAUGAAUUUAUAGAGAGGCAAUAAGAUAUUCUGUGUCUUAUUCUAUAUCCCUUUUUUAAAUAUUCCUAACAUUCUGGUUGCUUUUUUGAUUAUUGCACAUUGAAUGGAUUUUCCCAUUGACCUAUGUGAGGGUGAGAAAUCUUAACAUUUUUGAGGAGAGAUUAUAUGCCAUUUCUAACAAUUUUGCCUUUAAGUGGUAUAUGGUUUGUAGCUGAAUUCUGAGUUUUAUUUUCUUAAAAUGAAUCAUUACUUUGAUUUCCUAGUGAAAAGGCUUUGGAAGGGUCUGAACAUGAUUGCCUCCCAGUUAAGCAGUUCAGGUGCUGACUAUAAAUAAUUAUUGCAGGUUUAACCCCUACUGCUGGUCAAAUCAGAGGGUCUCUACUUUUGUGAAUUAGCUUUGAUCAGUCAUUCUUGUGUGUUUUUAUUACAGUAUUUCAGAUUUUUUUUUCAAAAAAGGACAAAUAAAAGGUCAUCUGGUCCCUGCCUCCAUCAAAGAACAUUUGAUUUGUAAUUCUUUAAUUCUUUGUUCAGUCUUUUUAAAAAAACCCGCUCAUCUUCAUAGGUUUUGAUGUGGGGAAAAAUACUGUGAUGCAUAAAUGGGACUAACUUAGAGAAGAAUAGAUUAAUAUUAAUCAGCCAGUUGCCUUUUGGAAAAUAUUAAUAUGGUUCAAUAAACUGUUGCACCGUUAUAGGGUUGGAAUACAUUCCUUUUUAAGUUAAAAUUGUGACUAUGGUUUUCUAACAUGUAGUUUGGGCUGUGAAAGACUGAGAGAUAGAAAGUGUACAGCUUAGAAAUUGUUGCAGCUUUUAACGUGAAUGUUGUUUUUAGCUUUCCUAAGGUAAAUUAUCAAUUUUUGUUUCAAAAGAUGUUGAUUAAAAUUUCAACCCGUUGUUGUUUGUCACGAUUUUUCCCCUAACAACUGCAACUUAUUUUGAGUCCCCAUGUUGUGGAUCCCUAGUGCUUCAGACACUCAUAAAACCUGUCUUUAGUUCACUGACUUUAGAGAGGCUCAAAUUCUUUUGCAGAUGUACUGGAAAGACUUGAGACUGAGUCUGGAGGAGGGUUAGUUUGCCUCUUUCUUCUGUGUGUUGAUGUCAGAUUACACUGAGAGGCAUAAAGUUGAAGCAGUUGUUGCAUUUUAAGGGUGAAUGUAAGGAUACUAUCAAAUAAAAUGUAUUUUUUUAAUUGUUU